UGUUGUUGAUCUCAAAAUCAAUCAUUAAUUAGUCUUAUUAUUACGCAGUAAUGUCGAACGGGCACCCAAUUAUCGGACUCUUUGAUGAAUAUUAAUUGCCGGUUGUUUCGCCAGGGUUAAAUUGCCGUUGUUUAUCGCACGUACAUGCAUGUACAAAAGACCGGUCUUUUAAUAGAAUUAAAAUGUUACCAUGUUUUGUUUAAAAUAGCAACAUUAUCAAGACAUGUUAAGUGCAAACAACUCAAAAUGUAUAAUUGUUCUUUUAACUUCCGACGCAGCAAAUUUUCGAAUGUUAUUUUAAUAUUCAUUUGGACUCCCUUAAGUCAUAGUGAACGUCGGAUUCAUGGAAUUUACUGAAAAUGUCUUCUAAACAUAAAGAUUUCCUUUCAUGGGAUGACGACAUAGAUUUAGAUUUGGUAUUAGGUGAUUAUACUGAUGAUGAGGCAAACAAUAAAUCGCAAGCAAGCACGAAAGAGCUGUGCUAUAUUUGUCCUGUUUGUGGCGCGGAGUAUAAAAGUGUAUCAGGAUUUCGAGGUCAUGUCAUGAAAAAACAUCAACAGAAUUUACGAGCAUCAGAUCACAAGAAAAACGACAACCAGAAGGGACAAGACAGUAAUUGGCCCAAAGAAGAAUUUACAAAGUUACAGACAAUCUUCCCUCAAGCCUUCUCAAACAGCUUAAAAAACAUCCAAACAAAUGAGCUAUACAAUAUUUUUGGAAAGUCGAUUGAGGCUGAAAUCGCCGAACAAUUAGAGAUGAACAAGGAGGUUGAGAAAUAUUUUAAAGAGAUAAUUACAAUCUGUCACAAAAACAACAACCUAUCUUCUACAGAAGAAAGGGAACUUCUCUUCAAAACAGUUCACCGUAUAAGGACUGACAAGGAAAUUGUUAGUAAAGGAGUGAUUUUGAUACAAUCAAGUGUAAAAGCACAAAGUGCAAAAGACAUAAACAACUUCCUCCAAAUUAUCAUUUUAGAAUUAAUUGCUGAAGUUAUUAAAGCAAGAAGGCAACUUGAAGAAAAAACAUCUGCAGCAAAAUUAUCUGAAAUAAGUGACUCAGACAACAAAGUCCUAUACUACAUAUCUGGAUACAUUAUCAAAUAUUUGGAAAAAAAAACACUCAAAACAGAAAAAUAAACAACUAAGGGACAGAA